AUGCAAAUCGCAGCUAUCCUUACAACGAUGGCCUAUCUGGCCACGACAGUGUUAGCAGAGACAGCGUAUACCCAAGACACAGGAUACGGUCUUCCAGAGGGUGCUAAUCCAUGUAGCAAGCACGUCUACUGCGUACGUACUAUCCUCCCUCUUCCGUCCCAAACAAAUCUUGUCUCUCUAUCAUUUUUGAUAAUUCUCUACUGCUCUAAUCCGCAAAAACAAAAACAAGAAAUGCUAAUCAAGAAUAUAUAACUCUAGGGCUCUGUUACUGAAUCUCCACCAGGGGGUCUCUUCCGAACCAAACGAACGGACUGUACCAGAGUAGAGGCUAUUGGUGCGGCUCCAGGCGGUGGGUUUCCCUGUACAUCUCCAGGAAAUACCAAAGAAUCUGGUGUAAGUGUCUCUUCUAUGAACCUCUUAUUCCUGUCUGCUUUACUAAUAAGAUAAUAAACUAGCUUGUCUACUGCUGUUCGUAG